AUGCGCGUCAUUAAGCCAACAUGGCUGAGCCAUAGCGGCGAGCAGAAGGAUUUCGAAGUCUACAGCUGCCAUGUGUCCUCGGACGGCAAGCGACUCGCGACCGCCGGCGGCGAUGGCCAUGUGCGAGUAUGGUCGACCGAGGCCAUCUAUGGCGACGCCAAUGGAGAGGCAGAAGGCAAGCCGCGACAGCUCUGCCACAUGAGCCAUCAUCUCGGCACCAUCCACUCCGUUCGCUUCUCUCCAAACAGCCGAUACCUCGCGUCCGGUGCCGACGACAAGCUCAUCUGCGUCUACCACCUCGACAAGAGCCCCCCGGUGGCUUCUUUUGGACUCGGUGCCGAUCCCCCACCCGUCGAAAACUGGAAGACAUACAAGCGGCUCGUCGGGCACGAGAACGACGUCCAAGACCUCGCCUGGUCCUAUGACUCGUCAAUACUGGUCUCGGUCGGCCUGGACUCCAAGAUCGUCGUCUGGUCGGGACACAGCUUCGAGAAGCUCAAGACCAUCACCGUCCACUCCAGUCACGUCAAGGGCAUUACCUUUGACCCCGCCAACAAGUUUUUUGCAACGGCAAGCGACGACCGAACCAUCAAGAUAUUCCGCUUUACCCCUCCCGCGCCGAACGCGACACAACACGACAUGGUUAACAACUUUGUGCUGGAGACGACGAUCAGCGCCCCCUUCAAAAGUUCCCCUUUGACGACGUACUUCCGGAGGUGUUCGUGGUCUCCCGAUGGUAACCACAUUGCUGCGCCCAACGCCGUCAACGGCCCCGUGAGCUCUGUUGCCAUCAUAGAGCGCACGCGGUGGGACAGCGAAAUCAACCUGAUCGGCCACGAGGGGCCUACCGAAGUUUGCAUGUUUUCUCCUCGACUGUUUCAUACCGAGAACCCGGUGGAGCAACCUGAGAACAACGCGCUCGUCACCGUCAUUGCCUCGGCUGGCCAAGACAAGACCCUGAGCAUCUGGAACACGAACACGUCGCGUCCCGUUGUGAUCCUGCAAGACGUCGCCAGCAAAUCCAUCUCCGACUUGGCCUGGUCACCGGACGGAACUACCAUCUUCGCAUCGAGUCUGGACGGUUCGCUCCUCGGCAUCAAGUUUGACCACGGGGAGCUGGGAUGGGUUGCCAACGCGGACGAGAACGACAAGGCAUUACAAAAGUACGGCGCGUCGCGCAAGGGCAUGGGUAUCGCCGAGGACAUCGAGGGCCUCAAUCUCGAGAACCAAAGCAAAGCUGGCGAGUCCCGCGCCGCCGAAUCGAGGAUGGGUGCAUUGAUGGGCGACGCGGGUUCGUCCAAGGGGCCGACACCAGCCACCAACGGGACGAAAACGGUCGGCAACGGAACAGGAACGUCGACGCCCCGAGCGACCAAUGGCAACGUCGACCCCGAGAAGGACAAGGAAAAAGAGAAGGAGAAGACGGCGGAAGAGAGUGGCGACAAGUCGGCGGAACGAGUUAAGGAGCUCAAGUCUCGAGUGACGGUUGGCAAGGACGGUAGGAAACGCGUCGCGCCGCUUCUGGUAUCGUCGUCGGGCACCGGCCAGUCGUCUCUUCCCCAGACGCAGCUAGUUGGAUCCACAUCAACCGCGAAGGCGGCGCAGAACGACGCCCCGCAGGCGAUUUUGGACCUCGACCGGCCGUUUGAGGGACUUCCCAAGGGUGGCGUCGCCGCCAUGUUGCUUGGCAACAAGCGCAAGGCGCAAGUCGUCGAGGGCGAGGAAGAAGACGACCAUGGAUCGAAGCGACAGGCGACAGACCCUACCCCAGUCGUGCUCAACGGUGUCGACGGAGUCGAGCAAGCGUCCGUCGUGCCGGUUGCCCACGGCGUAGUGCCGACGCCCGAGUAUCUUCGUCCCGCGGUCCUCAACCCGUCCAUCGCCUUUGCGCAGAUCCGGCUGGGCGUGCCCAAGGUCCGAUCUCAGAUCGUGCGGCCCUUGGAACGGGGCGUGCUGCUUCCCGAAAGUAGCACGGACGAUGCCUACAAGGUGCCCGAGAACAUCAUCCUCGAAGCCCGGAACCCGGUCCAGAUUCGAGAUCCCUCCUCCAUCUCUGCGACCAAGCGCGGAACGCUGCUCUGGCAAGAUUAUCUGCCGAGGGCCGUUAUCCUCGUGACAGGCAACAAACAGUUCUGGGCGGCAGCCUGCGAAGACGGAAGCAUCUACACGUGGACGCCCGCCGGCCGGCGGCUGAUGAAUCCUAUCAUUAUGGAAUCGCAACCUGUUAUCUUGGAGUGUCGGAAUAGCUACCUGCUCUGCAUCAACGCGGUUGGUCUAUGCCAUGUCUGGGACCUCCAGAAACAGGCAGCACUGCACCCGCCAGUCUCGCUCGGUCCCGUACUCGAGCUCGCAACGACGACGCUGAACCUCAACACUACGACGCCGGGCCCCGGCAUCACCUCGGCGCAGCUGAACUCGACGGGCCACAUCGUAGUGACGCUGACGAACGGAGAUGGGUACUACUACACCCGCGACAUGUUCUCGUGGCAGCGCGUCAGCGAAGCAUGGUGGGCCGUCGGUUCGCAGUACUGGAACAGCAACGACUCGUCCAUCAGCGCUCUGCAGUCGACCGCCGUGGGACCGGUGACACCGGCCAAGCCCAAGGACGAAAGCACUGCCAACGUCUCGGCCGGCAUCAUCCCGUACCUCGAGCGUCACACGACGAACGAGUUCUUACUCAAGGGCCGGGCCUACACGCUGCAGCGAAUAGUCAAGCUGCUGCUGAGCAAGGACGGCUUCGAGGGCUUCGAGUCGACGGUCAGCAUCGCCCACUUGGAGAACCGUAUCGCCGCUGCUCUCCAUUUGGACGCGAGGGACGAGUUCCGCCUCUACCUGUUCAUGUACGCCAAGCGUCUGGGUGCCGAGGGCCACCGCGGCAAGGUCGAGGAACUGCUCAACAGUCUACUCGGCGGCAUCCUCAGGGACAAGACCGACAAGGCGAGCGACAACGGCCGAGGAUGGUUCAGCCAGGAAGACGAGAUUUGUGGCUGGGACCGCAAGGAGCUCCUGAAGGGUGUCGUCAUGAUUCUCGGCAAAUUCCGCGAGCUCCAACGGCUCACAAUCCAGUACGCGCGUGUGCUCGAUCUUAACUUGGAGAGUGAGGGCGCGAUGGAGGUUGAGCCAUGA